AUGCCUCCCCACGUGCCGCGCAAGCGGUUGCGCGAGGAAUCGCCAGUCAAGUCAAGCAGUAAGCGCCAGCAGGUGGCGAAAGGCAAUGGCAAGCCCGCAGCCAACGGCACGCGAAAGCCGACUCUCUACGAUGACCUGGAUGCGACUGCUACACCCGAGUCGUCCAAGGGGGGUCGCUCCGUUCUGGAUGUAUUGAGCGACAGCGACGAGGACAGUUCGUUGACCGACUUAUCCGACGGAGACUUUGAGGACGUCCCAGUGGGUGACAGACCGAAGGCGCAAGAGGCGGAGGAGGCAUCCGACGAUGGCGAUAACGACGACAUCGAGUUCGAGGACGUUCCUGCACCAAGGACCACUCUGGCGAAAGCCCCGACUACUGGUGGCGACCUGCAGCUCACUCUCGACGCUGGAUUGGGUACGUCCAUGACAGAUCCUUACGGCGACAAGAAGGGGCCCACGAAGCGCGAGAAGAAGGUCAGGAACGUGACGCACUGCAUCCAUGUGCAGUAUUUACUCUGGCACAAUGCCGUCCGAAAUUCUUGGCUCUGCGAUCCCGAAGUUCAGGCGAUUAUGAUGUCCCACGUUCCGCCCCGUCUCUGGGAUGAAGUCGACAGGUGGAAGAGAGCUAGUGGACUGGACACAAAGCCGAAACCAUCCCCGCCGAAGAAGCCGACGCCAGCAAAGAAGACGCGCGGAAAAGGCAAAGCCAAGAAGAGUGACAAGGAAGACUUGAGAGAUUGGGGUUCUGCGGCGGAGAGACUGGAAGAGGGAGUUGCCGACAUGAGCCACGGCGAUCCUCUGUUCAGACUCAUGAAGUCGUUGACGGCGUGGUGGAGGCAACGGUUCCACAUCACGGCGCCGGGCAUUCGCAAGUGGGGUUACAUGCACCCUCAACGCCUCGGCAAACUCAGAAAGGCAUGGGAAGAAGAGGAACACAAUCAAGAACGCUUCGGAGAACGGAUCCGCGACCUGGAAGAGUUUCGGAAGCGCGCCCAAGACUGCACAGGAAGUCGAGACGUGGGGUCCCAGCUAUUCACAGCUCUUAUGAGGGCUCUGGGACUGGAGGCUCGGAUGGUCGCAAACUUGCAACCACUGGGAUUUGGCUGGACGAAGUUGGAGGAAGCGGAUCCUGAAAAGGACAAAAGCGGCGCGUCAACGUCAAAAAGCAGCGAUGAGCACAGCGAAGGUAUUGACAAAACGAAGAAAGGGCCCAAGACACCGGCGAAGAAGGGAUUAAAGCCAACCCAGAAGAUUUCGACAUCCUCGCGAAGCAGCGCAUCGAGGCGGACUAGCCAGAAGAAGACAGUAAUCGAAUUGGUCGACACAGACGAUGAGCUUGGCCUAGAGCAUCCAGACAGCGACGAUGAAUCGGUUAUAGAGAUGCAAGUUACACCACGGAAAUCAGUGUCAUCCAAGAAGUUUGACAGAGACUUGGAGUUCCCACAUUACUGGACUGAGGUCAUGUCACCGGUCACGAAGAAGUAUCUGCCGGUUGAUCCAAUCGUCAAGAACGUUGUCGGUACUAACAGAGAGUUGAUCGAAUCGCUGGAGCCGCGAGGAGGCAAGGCAGAUAAGUCAAAGGAGGUAAUGGCAUAUGUUAUCGGUUUCUCCCCUGACGGAACGGCGAAGGAUAUUACGGUACGCUAUCUCAGAAAACAGCUAUGGCCGGGAAGGACCAAGGGGACGAGGAUGCCGCUCGAGAAAGUCCCUAUUUACAACAAACAUGGCAAGGUCAAGCGGUACGAACACUUCGACUGGUUCAAAUCCGCCAUGCAUGGCUUCGUCAGGGGUAGUCGAAAACGUCCACUUACAGAGGAAGACGAGAUCGAGAACUCCACUGAGUUGACACCAGCCCAGCCCGAGAAGAAAGAAGUCAAGGAGGGCAGUGAGACGCUGGCUUACUACAAGCAGUCGAAGGAGUUCUGCCUUGAAAGACACCUCAAGCGCGAGGAAGCGCUUCUGCCGACUGCAGUUCCAGUCAAGACAUUCAAGAACAAAGGCAAAGGGGGAGAAAUAUCGGAGGAACCAGUCUACUCAAGGAAGGACGUUGUCAAUGUCAAAAGUGCCGAAACAUGGCAUAAGCAAGGCAGGGCACCGAAGCCUGGCGAGCAGCCGCUUAAGAGAGUGCCGUAUCGAGCUGCAACGACCAACAGGCGACGAGAACUCGCAGAGGCCGAAGCCCUUAGCGGCCAGAAAGUUCUUCAGGGACUGUACAGCUUUGAGCAGACGGAUUGGAUCAUUCCACCGCCGAUCAAGGAUGGCAUCAUACCAAAGAACGGAUACGGCAAUAUCGAUCUCUUCGCCGAACACAUGUGUCCUGAGGGCGCUGUUCAUGUGCCUUUCAGAGGGGCCGUGAAGGUCUGCAAGAGGCUUGGGAUCGACUACGCAGAAGCUGUGGUGGACUUCGAAUUUGGACAUCGGAUGGCAGUGCCCGUCAUUCAGGGUGUGGUCAUUGCGGAAGAAUAUCACGACCAGGUCAUGGAGGAGAUUCGCAAAGACGAGGUAGAGCGAGCACGAAAAGAGGACGAGAAACGACGCAAGGAGGCCCUGAGGCUUUGGAGCAAGUUUCUCAAGGGCCUACGAAUUGUGGAGCGCAUUCGUCAAGAUUACGGCCAUGUUGAUGACAGCGUACCUGUGUUCCAGAAGAACAGUGCCUCGAAAGCCGCCAAAGAGAGGGAAGAAGAAGAAGAAGGGGAGUCGACAAAGCUGGAUGCGGAGGCAAUGCGGGUGCGCGAUGAGGAAAUGGCCGGUGGGUUCUUCCCCGAAGGACACGAUGAGGAGGAGGCUGGAGGUUUCUUUCCUGAAGGGCACGAUGAGGAAGAUGCCGAGCCGAAGCGGUUUACGUCGGGUUUCUUCCCUGUGGUGGAUGAGGAUGAUGAGGACGCGGAGAUGGGCGACGCCCUGGUGGUCGAUCACGGUGGUGAUGAGACGCAAGUCGCGGAUGGCACGGAAGUCGUGGCAGACGGCGCCGACGAACCUUCUCCAGAGCCAGAACCCCUCCCCGCGCCGGUCAAAGCCAAACCGCGGGCGAAGAAGGCGACGAAAGCUACGUCUAGGCGGUCAACGAGGCGGCGAAGAAAGCCUGUUUCCGAGAGCGAGGACGAGGACGAAGAAGACGAUGGAGAUGAGGAUUUUGAGGACUCAGAUGAGGAUUACCGCUAA